UGUAAACAAAGGUAGAAGAAGAAAGAUAACAGAUUUCAGAAAAUUGAGUUGGGUUUUGAGUUGAAGAGAUGGGGAGGGGUAAGAUUGAGAUCAAGAGGAUUGAGAACUCAACAAACAGGCAAGUUACAUAUUCAAAGAGGAAGAAUGGAAUCAUGAAGAAAGCCAAGGAGCUCACUGUGCUUUGUGAUGCAAAAGUUUCUCUUAUACUCUUCUCUAGUUCUGGGAAGAUGUCAGAGUACCGUAGCCCUUCUGUCUCAAGAAUGUCAGAAAUCUUGGACAAAUACCAUAAGUAUUCAGGAAAGAAGUUGUGGGAUCCUAAACAUGAGUUACUCAGCAACGAACUGGACAGGAUAAAGAAAGAGAACGACAACAUGCAUAUCGAGCUAAGGCACCUUAAAGGUGAGGAUGUCAACACACUGCAUCACAAGGAGCUUGCAACCAUAGAAGAAGCUCUUGAAAAUGGUCUCACCAACGUUCGUGCCAAAGAGAUGGAGAUCUUCAAAAUGCUUAAGAAAAAUGAGAGAAUACUUGAGGAAGAGAAUAAGCGUCUUAAUUACAUCUUGCAGCAUCACCAACAAAUGGCAAUGGAUGGUUGUGUGAGGGAGGUGGAGAAUGAUUAUCAUCACAGAGGAAGAGACUACCAUCAUUCUCAGAUGCCUUUUACCUUUCGUGUGCAGCCAAUCCAACCUAAUUUACAGGAGGCCAAAUAGAAGAAUUGCUCAUUUCUAGCUUACACUAGAAAAGCUUUCUAGGCCGUUGACAAUAAUAAUAAUAUUAUCUUUGUUUAAACAAGAAGCUAAGCAAACUUUGUAA